AUGAGCACGAAGCGUUACCCGUACUGCUACUGCGCAAUUCUCACCCACCUCGCUCACUCUCACAGCUCUCACUCUCACUGUUACUCUCACUCUCAGUCCCGGUUCACCUCAUCAGUCUCUCCCACGCUCCUCAAACCUAAGCUUACGGUUCACCUACGGUACCUCAUCGGCCCUUGUCACCCAAGGGCCAACACCGAUGAGCCCUGCCCUACCCUGCCAUCUGGAUCCUGUGCGCCUGGCUUGCGCUGCACCUCAACCCGCGCACCAAAGCACAUCAGACGGGACGGCAUUCUGUGCCUAUCAUCGGCUGCUGCACAAGACUGGAGCAUCACCCUGCGACUUCGCACCCUGCUUGCUUCCAGUGCCUCCUCUGCCGCCUCGCCCAAGGCCAAGGCUUCACCACCUCGUGGUCCGGACCUGGCCGAGGAGACAAGUGACUGAAUCCAGAGACCGCGGAUCCCCUGCCAGGAACACAACCGUGAGG